AGAACGCGUAUUGUCAUCGCAGAAGGCAGGGAUCCAUGCGAAACCUCGCAGCCGAAGUAACCAACCAUCCUGCAAGGCUGCAUGCCUCCAAAAGUGGCGCCCUUCUGCUUAGACUCGACCUCUCUCGCGGGCUUUCCAGAUCCCUUGCUCGGUCGACACGUUGUACGACCGAUCCCACCACGCGCCACGUCCCUCCCUGCACCACCCGGCCUAUAAGGCGCACCCGGCCGCGACCGCCAACGCCUACCUGCUCCAUUACCCGCUGCCACCCGCCGUCUCCAUCGUCGCGUCGUCACCUUUUGCUUCCAGCUGCUCGCUUUCUUUCAAGAACUGGCCUGCCCGGAAGAAGACCAGAGGAGGGCGCGCCGGGGAAGAUGAGUGAUCCCAAGUACGCCUACCCCUACCCUGCGCAAGGUUACUACCAGGGGCCGUACCAGGGGCCGCCGGUGAUGGCGCCGCCGCAGUACGCCGCGCCGCCGCCGAGGAGGGAGCCAGGGUUCCUCGAGGGCUGUUUGGCUGCGCUCUGCUGCUGCUGCUUGAUCGACGAGUGCUGCUGCGACCCGUCCAUCAUAUUCGUCAGCUAGAGGAUCCAGCUCGUGGUGUGUUGCGAUUUUCUUUUCCGAUUCGUGGUGUGUUGCGAUUGCGAGUACAAAAAAUAUUGGAAAUAAUAGCACUUUAAUAUUUAUUUAA